GUUGGUUUAUUGUCCUUUACUCUUUAAAUUAUUAAGAAAACAUUAUGUACUAGCUGAAAGUUUCUUUUUUUUUUCUUAUUUAAAAAAAUACUAGUAACAUAUUUAAAAUGACCUUGUUUCAACUACUAAGAGAAAAACAAACCUUCAAAUGCAUUUUUUUCUUGUUGUGAGGGGCAAUUUCGUCCCAUAAAAGGAUUUUUUAUUUUUUUUUUACUGUGGUGCAGUGUUGCAAUAACCAAAAUACUUAGGUAGUUUUAUGGCAACUUCUUUUUUAGAGGGGAGUUUUGACAAAAAUUAAAACUAAAAGGGGUUUUAUGCAAUUUCCCCAAAAUACACAGAAUAAUAUCUUUGUACUCCGUAUCCAAUUGACGCAAAGUCUCUGACCAAACUAGGAUUAACGAGAUAAGAUCGCAAAGUCUGUUGUGCUGGAAAUUUCAGAUCGGCAUAGAAGAAGAUAAUAUUGGCGAAGGGGAAGACCAUAUUGUAUCUAUUCAUACUUCAUAGCAUGUUGUAUCUCUGCAGAUGUGUGCGAAAGCAAAUAAGGGCAGAUCUCUGAAUGAUCGUAGCAAGCAAGCAAGCAUAUUGUUAUCUAAAUUGUGAAGAAUUGGCCUGAAUUUUGUCGGGGCAUGAUAAUCUUAUUUGUAGUGAAAUAAAUUAUUUAUUCACAACUGUAUCGUUAAAACGAGGAAGAUAGUACAAAGAACAUCUUCUUUCAAGCAACAAAUGAGAGGAGAGCAUAUGAAGGAUGGAAUCAGUGGAUUGCCUGACGAAAUCCUCAUUACCAUCCUGUCUCUUUUAACGCUCAGGGAAGCUGCAUGUACUAGUAUUCUCUCAAGCAGAUGGAGAUAUUUAUGGAGAUAUAUAACUGUUAUUUUCAAUUUCGAUUCAAAGACGUUACUAAGAGCUCCUGUAGAUAAUGUUACUUCAUCAUCUGAACGUGAACGUGAACGUGAACGUGAAUGUGACCGUGAACGUGACCGUUUACCCAUACAUAUACGUGAACGUGAACGUAAACGUGAACUUGUACGUGAACAAGAAAAAAGGCGUACUAAGUAUGUAAGUUGUGUGAAUAAAGUCUUGAAAUUGCAUCUUGGCUCCUCUAUAGAUGAAAUGAGGAUUUCUUUUAAUUUCGCUGAGAACUACCCUCGUGAUAUCGAUGAUUGGAUCAAGUUUGCAAUGGAAAAGAGAGUUCAAAGGUUUGAAUUCAAUGUGUUUGCUGAGACUAUACCCACUCGUGGGCGUCAAUAUUAUGAUUUUCCAAGCAUGGAAAACUUCAAAUUCUUAUUUAGGAAUUCACGCAGUCAUAUUGGUUCUGCAGCUGGCUUUAGUUCCUUGACAGCCCUUCGUUUGGUUGGUGUUAAUAUCAUGGAGGAGGUGCUUGAGAAUUUCCUAUCCAACUGUCCAUUUCUUGAACAAUUAUACAUUGUGGGUACAACAUGUCUAGUGAAUCUAAAAAUUGCUGGCUCUUCACUCAAAUUGAAGUGCUUAGAGAUAUCUCACUGCCACUGUUUGAAAAUUUUGGAAAUUUCUGCAGCAAAUCUUGUUUCAUUCACCUACUUGGGACAAGAUAUAAGUGUGCCUUUUAAAAACGUUCCUCUUCUCUCUGAGCUAUCUAUUGCAGGGCCAUUCUGUUCAUCCUUUGUUUUUGGAUCUUGCAAGCAUUCCAGCUAUAUUCCUCAAAUAGAAAAGCUCAAGUUAAAAGUGUUUUCUCAGGAGUUUUUUCGGUUCCCCAUAUAUUUUCGUGAGCUAGGUAAUCUCAAGCAUGUGGAAUUGUCUAUCACGGGGGGAUUUGCUGGUUGCAGCCUUCUUAGGUUUACUUCCGUGAUUAAGGCAUCUCCUAAUUUGUCUAAGUUUUCUGUUCGGAUGACUCUGGGAGACAAUGGUAGACAGGAUAGUCAAAUAGAUGCUGGAAAAGAAGCAACUAAAUGUCAUCAUCAAUGCCUUAAGGUGGUGGAAUUGGUUGGGUUUGUUGGGAGUAGCAGCAGCGAAGUUGAUCUUGUUUUUCACAUACUUGAGGUUACCGCAUCACUCGAGAAGAUAAUUAUUGAUCCACGUCCUGUGUUGUAUCAGUUUUAUGCCAAAUAUUCAGAGCAAGUCAGGACAAUGGAAGCUGCUAGAGAGCGUGCCAGGCAGCUUAAAACAAGAUUACCUGCAGCAGUUGAAUUAGUGAUACUUUAGUUAAAUAAAAAAUCCCAGUCCUAUGUCUACUUGUAGGGAGGGUAACUAUUUCUAGUGAUUAUUUUUUCUUCUUCUCAUGUUAUUCAUCAUCUAAAAGGUUUGGAACUUUAUCUGCGGGAUACAAUUGAAAGUAAAGCUAAGCUUCUAUGACUGGCUUUGGAAAGUUUGUGUUGGAUUAUUAUACCCUUAAUGGAAAUUAUUAAAUUUCUUCUUCA